AUGGUGACACCCGACGAACAGAAAAUCAUCAAUUCCCUCCAGGCCAACUGGAUCUGGACACCAGAUUGGGUUGAUUCGUCGCGAGUCAAUACGACGGGGCGGAUUGUCCAUUUCAGUCGUGAGCUUGACCUGCCGGAAAGUCCCACCCGCGCUGAGUUACAUUUCUCUGCGGAUACGCGAUAUAAGCUCUAUGUCAAUGGAGUCCGGGUCGCUGUCGGGCCAGCGCGCAGCAGUCCGUGGAUCUGGUACUAUGACACGCUCGAUAUCGCACCGUAUCUCAGCCGUGGACGGAAUGUGAUUCGCUUCGUUGUGGUGCGAUACUUCGCAUCCUCGCGCGGCGCCAUGCCAUUUGAGAGGACCACGCUGCCGGGAUUGACUGUCGUGGGCUCUAUAGAGGCAGGCAGUAACGUUGUAGAGCUCGAUUCACAUAAGGGAUGGCAGGCACAAGUGGAUGAGAGUAUUCAGUUUCCAAUGGGCCUGAUAGAUGACGGAUUCCUACACAUAUACGAACGAGUCGCUCCGACGAUACAUAGCCCAUCAGUGACCCCAAAGGCGUAUGGGAUCAAAACACUGAAUGGCGAUCUCCCACCCUGGCGAUUGCGUCCGCGCGGGAUCCCAAUGCCCGAUCAGACCCCCAUCGUUGUGAACGUGGUACGUGCCUGCGAGAGUUAUAUUAGUGCGGAGGAGUGGUCAUCUUGCUUGUCUGGGGGUGGCCCCUUGACUCUUCGUGGACGUUCUUCACAUAUGCUUGAACUGCAGGCCGACACACACUCAACAGCCUUCCUCCGAUGGGCUUUUCAAGGUAUCACAAACGCGUCGCAGAUAACGCUGAAAGUGACGUACUCGGAGGGGUAUGAGCUAGAGCCUCGGUCCUAUCCGUACUUUCGCAAGAAGACAGAUAGACUAGAUGCAAAAGCUGGUCAUCUCAUUGGUCCUUAUGACGCAGUCACCUUGGAUAUCCCUGACACGCAAACCGUGGCGUACGAGCCAUUUUGGUUCCGAACAUUUCGCCUUCUACGCCUUGAGAUCAUAGUGGGAGAAGAACCGGUCCGCAUGCUUCCCUUGGAGGCGACACAAGUGAACUAUCCCCUCGCCGUCAAGGCCAGUUGGACCGAGCUUGGCGAUGAAUACAGCGAACGGAUAUGGGACGUGUCCAUUCGCACCAUGCGAAACUGCAUGUUUGACGGGUACUCGGACUGUCCGUUCUAUGAGCAGCUUCAAUACUCUGGCGACAGUCGUGCCGUCGGCUUGUUUCACUAUCUACUCUCCGGUGAUGACCGGCUGAUGCGACAAGCGAUCACAAACUUUGCAGCGUCAGUCACCUUUGAGGGUCUUACUCAGUCUCGCUUCCCCUCUCAUGUCCCCCAGCUUAUUGCUGGCUUUCCGUUGUAUUGGGUCCUGCAGGUCUGCGAUCACCAUCUCUACUUCGGCGACACUCGCUUUGCCCGUUCGUUCCUCCCUCGGAUCGACGGCGUCCUCGACUUCUUCGACGUACACAUUGACACCUUGGGCCUUGUAAGCGGGUUACCUGAGGAUGUGUGGCAGUAUGUCGACUGGGUCACGACCUGGGGUGCGACGGAGGAUUAUCCGGACAAAGGGGUGCCCACCUCCGGUCGCAAAUCUAACCGCCAUACAUACUUCAGCAUGCUGUACGCUUAUGUCCUCCAACAGGCUGCGCGGCUGGUUCGCGACGUUGGCCGACCGGGCUAUGCAGAGGAGUACGAAGCACGGGCGGCCGCGCUGCAACAAGCCAUUCGAGCACACUGUUACGAUGGACACUUCUUCACCGAUUCCACGGCCGAUAUCGCUGACGAAAUGUCUUACUCACAACAUUGUCAGGUCUUUGCGGUUCUGUCCGGGACAGCGCGACCGGAGGAUCAUGCCCGCCUUCUGAUGGAAUCAUUCGCAGACUCCCGCUUCGCAAAAUGCUCGUACAUGAUGCGAUUCUAUGCCCUUCGUGCAUUGUCCCUUGCUGGCGAUCAGGUCUACGAUAGCUUCUGGCCCCAGCUGUGGGACCCGUGGCGCAAUAUGCUGGCCAACAAUUUGUCAACCUGGGAGGAGGACGACGUCCGGCAGCGGUCGGACUGUCAUGCGUGGUCUAGUGUGCCCAUCUAUGAGUAUUGCACGGAACUGGCCGGCAUUCGACCGAUCGCACCGGGGUCGAGUAAGAUUCUCUUCAAGCCACGUCUUGGGCUCAGUGAUGCAAUACAAGCCAAGGUUGCGCUGGGUAAGGACAAUGUUGCAACCAUAUCGUGGACCAUGGGAGGCGGUGGUGAGAAGAAUGUCGAGCUACGACUCGAAAAGCCGGUCGAAAUUGUCAGUCAGUUGCCUGGGGGCCUUGAGGAGGAACACGGCGUCACCGACUGUGUAAAGCUGGUUCACAAAGCUGGGUGA